AUGAACGAUCCAGGACUCGACGAUGCCAUCGCCGACGAGGCAAAUGCUUUGGAUCAGCACUCACCUGAGGCCCAUCCGGAAGACAGCAAUAGUACUUCUUAUACCGACAAAACUCCAGGUCAACUAGACACAUCAGGCCCCUUACCAGCCCAAUGGUGGCUUGCGAGCACAGUAUAUCCAUUGGCAGCGGGAACAUUUGGGCCAAUGGCCAGUGCAUUCAACGUAUGUUGUCUAGCACAAACAUGGCGAAUGGUCCCAGAUGAUCAGAAUGGGUAUUUGAACAUUGCUGAUCCAAAAUGGGUGGUCUCCGUGAACGCACUAUCUCUGGUGUCUGCUUUGAUCGCCAACGUAUUCCUGUCGCUGAAUAUGGCGCGUCGGGUUCGAUUUUCGCUUGCCCAGCCGAUUAUCGUGGUUGGUUGGUUCGUUUCCUCAGCGCUACUAAUCGCCAUUCUUAUCCCAUUCGGGGUAUCAAUGUACAAGCCUGAGAACUCAAACGCGCUUUACACUCAGGCAUACUUUUAUGGAACUUUCGCUGCCGGGAUGUACUUUAUCAUCGCAUGCUUAUCAACGGUAACUGCAUACGGAGCUCAUGCAGGCCACUACAGCCGUGACUACAAGUUGAGUAACAGCCAGCGAACUCUGAUGCUGCAGACGAUUAUCUUCGUCAUAUAUCUUCUUGCUGGCUCUGCAGUCUAUGCAAAGAUUGAGGGCUGGCGGUUUUUGGAUGCGGUGUACUGGGCGGACUAUACUCUGCUUACCAUCGGUGUCGGCAACUUUGCCCCUGCUACUCAUCUUGGCCGUGGUUUGCUCUUCCCAUAUGCUGUUGGCGGCAUCUUGGUCCUUGGUCUGAUCAUCUCGUCCAUUCGUACUUUGAUGCUGGAGCGUGGACGCCAAAAGAUGGCCGAUGUCCUGGCUGCACGGACUCGCAGGUUUCUCGUGAAAGAGGCGACCUCCGACAAUAAUCGACUUCGUCCUCUCGUGCCAGACCUACCAUCUGGCGACCAAGAAAUGGCCGACAUUAGUCCGCGCGAACGACGCAAACGAGAAUUCCUUACCAUGCGAAGAACCCGGCAAUUAGCUACUGUACAGCACAAGUGGAUCUCACUCAUCGCUUCCUCCCUGGUAUGGAUGGCCAUGUGGCUCAUUGGCGCGGUGGUAUUCUGGCGGUCAGAACAAUUUCAAGCAUGGUCAUAUUUUGAGGCUCUCUACUUUGCCUACACAACCCUCUUGACCAUCGGAUACGGUGAUAUAUACCCUCGAAGCAGUCUAGGAAAAGCAUUUUUCGUCUUCUGGUCCUUGCUCGCCGUCCCCACAAUCACAAUUCUCAUUUCCAGUAUUGGCGACACCAUCGUCCGCUUCAUUCGCGAUAUGACGCUUUAUAUCGGUGAACUAACCAUUCUUCCCGGUGACAAGCCGCUCUUUGAACGCCUCAAAGAUAUCUUCCGCAUUUCCUGGUCCGAAAAAUGGGUUCAAGAAACACUUGGCGAGAAAUCCAACGGGCAGGCCGGCUUCGAAGAUAAAAACGCCAAAAAUGACCCCGAACAGGCAAAUUAUCAGGCUCACCGCGCCCUCGAGACAGAAGAACACAAGCGCGAGGAAUCAGCCCAAGCUCGCGGUGACAUCGCCGCCGCAAACAUACAUCACUACCACUACCUCCUGUUCCACGAGAUUCGAAAAUUGAUGCAAUAUUCGCGCGACAAUCCACAGAAGGAAUUUGAUUACCUCGAGUGGGAGUACUACCUAGAGCUUAUAUCAGGGAAACAUAGACCUGGAGCUAAAGGUAUGAACUCGAGCGAUGAGGAACGACAACGAGAAUUUCAGGAGUGGAGCUGGAUUGAUAAGAGGAAUCCGAUGAUUGGGCAGCAGACUGAGGUUCAGUGGUUACUUAAUGCGUUGACUGAGGCUCUUGACAGAGAGUUACGAGGUGCUAGUCAGGCGUAUCAUUCCGAUCAGUCUGAUGCUGAGAAUGUGAAGAGGGGGAAAUCCGGUUCUCGCUCUUCGAGUAAAAGUGGUUAG